UGCGGUGCUGCCUCGUGAUGCUCGUCGCUCCACUGCUCUAAAAUAAAACUAAAAAUCUGGAAGGAAAGAAAGUAUUGGUUGUGAUGUAAAACAAAAUGUGAACGUAGGUCCGUUUCUUUGGUGUUAUUAGUUCAGCUGUACUGGUCACCGCGAGUUGUGGACUGUUGUCGUGCUAGUUGGUGGACGUGCUACAGACAUGGAUGUUACCAAGUUCCUCACGGUGCUCGUGGUGCUGUGCCUCGAGGGAGGCGAGACUGGAGGCGGAGGGAAACACCAUGACCACGUGCGAUUGCACAUUCCGGAGUUCAUUCAUCAUGAUCACCAUAAGAAAGUAAUAACAAUUCAUCAUCAUCACCACAAGCCAAAGAAAGAGCAUCAUCAUCAUCAUCACCACCACCAUAAGCCACAGAUGCCACAUGGACAUCAUUACCAUCAUCAUCAUAAGAAGGUUCAUACAAAGUCGCAUACAGAAACGAAGGGGAAGCAUCACGGUCAUCAUCACGGGCACCACCAUGGCCAUCACGGUCAUCAUGGACAUCAUGGUCAUCACGGGCAUCACGGUCACCACGGCCACGGACAUCACCAUGACGCGCCAGUCGUGCCAAGCUUCUCUUACACUCCCAGUGCUAUUCCUUCCUAUGAGGACGACUAUUCUCAUUCAUAUUCCCCGUCAGUACCUGCUUACGGUGGCAUCCCAAGUACUGGUUUUUCCGUUGGUCAGAGCCCUCGAGUACAUGGAGUAACUCACACAGUAAAACAAGUGAAGGUGUUUGACUCUUUGCCUGGUGCAUUACCUAACGCUGGUGGCGGUGGUCAUGGCUACGAGGUGACGGAAGAAGGCGAGGAAGAUGACGAUGUGUUCACAACCGUCAAUCAGCUACAAAACAGAUUUCCGGCGACAUUCGGCUAUGUUCGUAGUGCUGCUCCAGAGCCGACAAAUGAUCCAUAUUCUGAAUUAAGUUCACAUAGCGCGAUUCCAACACAAUUCGCAGCAGCCCCAGUGCCUACGACGGCACUUUCUGAUGGAAUUGAGACUUUUACGGGUUCUGUGCAGAGUGAUCCUUUUGCGUCUUCUGCUCCAACACAGGGCAUAGGCUUACCCAGCGUCCAGCCAUCAGCUGACUACCCCGUAACGUUCCAAGCUGAGGGCUUUGACGGUCAACUUAACUCGUUUACAGGCUCCGAAGGUAACGACGGAUCUUUCAUUUCCCACGAGGAGAACAAUCUAUCUGAUGAUGCUCCCGUGUCCUUCACAAGAGAGGCUGGUAUACAACAUACCACGAACACAGGCAAUGUUGAGACACUUGUCUAUUAGAUUUGUAAGUAAUUUAAAGUUUACUGUAGUGUCAAUAAUGGGACCUUAAUAUCAAAACUGCCUAGAGUUUGUUAAAAUAGUCGUGAGGUCAUUACAAGUGAAGAACAAUAGUAUUUUAAUUACGAUUCUUUUUCAUGAAAUCUAUUGUUCUAUAGAUAACUUAUUCAAUAAAUAUAAGAUGAAAACGAAAGCACAAUCACGCAAACUCUAAAGCGUUUAACAAUAACAGUUAGUACAAAAAGAUAAUUCGAAGGAAGUAUUUUUAAUUGUUAUCCUUUGUUACUGUUUGAUUGUUAUUUAGUCUGUCUGUAACAGCUGUAACUAUCUAUUCAGUUAUUGAAAGCUCUUAUGUCACCAAACUACUUACAUAGUAAUUUACUACACCCCAAAUAGUAAACGACGUCGGCUGAUUCGACUCGCCCUAGAUCCGUAGUUGCGCAAGUUGUUAAAAAACGUUUUUUUAACUGUCAACGUAACUGUAGCAGAAUAAUUUAAUAAGAAAAAAAGUUCUAUUUAAGUGUUGUGUAACUGGACACCAUUGGAAAUAAGAAAAAUAUACAAUAGUUGUUUGUCUGGGGAGUUUUGUGUGACUUGAAUUAAUGGUAUCUUGACUUGAUGUGUUUCAUGUAUUCAUAAAAUUUUGACGGUACGCAGGCGUUAUAUUACGCUGUAACUACGUUCGCCUACAUAAGAAACUUUGACCUAUUUUUACAUUUUCUUCAUACGAAUCAAAUUUGAAAUAAGUUGCGAAAAAUUAUGCUUUCAAUAAUAAGGUUAUUCAUAUAUACUUUACUUAUACGUUAUUUUUCUUAUUCUGGACUUGUAGUGUAAAAUAACUAGAUAUUUCCCAUUAUUGUUGUUGUUAACAUUACUAUUAAUACUUUAGUUUACAAUGUGUUAUAGUUUUAGUACCUAAGUACC